UGCCUUGCCCCGAACAAAAAAACGAGAGCGGCGGCGGCGGCGGCGCACAGUGGUGAGGAGGUGAGAUGGACUCCGCAGGGAGUUCGAUGGGAAGGAGUGGCGAGUCCAUGUUUACCGAGGAGCUCUAUCAGGCUGGAAUCUGCAUGCGGGAGAGCAUCCGGUGGAUCGAGGCCCAGGAGGCCAAGAUGGAGGAGAUUGCACAUAGCGAUUCUGAUUAUGAUAAUCUUCCGGAAUUCAGAAUGGAUAUGGUCGUCUUGACGGAGAGGAUCUUCCAAUUGUGGCACAAGAUGGGCGCGGUACAGAGGGCCGGUUGGAUCGGCAAUGAAGGGGAAUCGAUGGAGACCCUGAGCAAGAUUGGCGACGGCGGAGAGAUGGAAGCUGGAGGGAAGUCGUCGAAGGGAAGCAGGAGUUCUGCAUCCCUCGAACUCGAGAAUCUGCUCCACCGUUCCGGAAUCCUUGCCGACGGAGAGAGGGGCGGAGGCGCAGACAGUGAGGAGCUGCUUGAUUUCCUUGCAAUGGAGACCCAGGAGUGGAUCGUUAGCCAGUCAGACAGUCAACUCCGCUGGGAGACCGUGCCCGAAUUGACAACCGAAAUCCUGUUGAAAUUUGAAGAAGUGGUCGUUGACAUUGCUAAGGUAUUUGAAAACAAGAAGAUCCGGGAGGAGGCAAUGGCAGUGCUAAGGUUCGGCUUCAGAUUGCCGGCAUUCUCUGAGCAGAUCGAUGAGCUGAGGCACGAGAUGUGCAACUUUCUGAGAUCCUUCUCGUCAGAGAACAAAGAUAUAAGGAGCAUCAUGAUGAAGUUUAUUUCUGAGCCGUACCUAUCCCGUAUCUGCAAAUUGAAGUUGAUCUCUGACCGUAUCACUAUGCUCCAGCGAAUGGACUCAGACUUCGACUACAAAGUGAAAUCAACGAUGAUUAAGCUGAAAUCAGAAUCUUUCUUGUCAGCCAUGGAGGACGAGCUUCGCAAGGCAGGCCAAGAAGAUUCCGUGGAGAUGGGGGAGAAGAGAUUCACUGCCUACCAUCUCUACUGGGAACGUAUAUGGGGCAAGGAUGGCCACAGCUUCGAAAAUCAGACGAUAUUGAGCCCCAUGCAAUUUACACAUUGCACACCACGCCACAUUCCAAUUGAAGCUGUCGCAAGGAGUACCUUGCAGAUCUACUCCAUCAAAGUCUCACUAGUAGAACCCCAAAAGUUGCCACUGGAGGUGUAUGGAGUGGUCGCAGUCCGUGAUGCUGUGGACCGUCAUCGCAACCCUCUAUUCCUCCGUUCAAGACAGCACUGCCAAAUCCUUGAAGAAAAUGAUUCUUUAUUGCACUUGACUGGCCCGGUUCGUGCAAUUGUCUCGACGGAUACUGUUUACAUCGAAAUCCAAUUAAUAGUGAAGGGCGCAACAAAAUCUGAAGAUACAGCAUUGAUCAGUACAUUUGGCUUUUACAAUGCUGAUAAUUCCUGUACCUAUCUCGCUAAAAACGCCUUGUGCACAGUGGAGUUGUGCUGUGAGCAACUUAAACAGUCGGUCCAGGCUACUAUCCUCAGUGUGGCUGUUACACCCAAACAGGAAUCAUUGCUUUUUCAUGGUGGCAGAGUUGUUUGCUAUUCAGUGCCUGAGGAUGGUAAUGAAGAUAUCGCUGCGCAAGUAUCAUCUAGGCAAGUUUUGCUGCUUGAUUCAAAAGGUGGAAGAAUGCCUAUGGCCAGCAAUGACUACCUUUAUCUGACAAGACAUGUAGUUUCUGUGGAAUUAAAUGGAAAGCUGCUAGUCCUCAUAAUGGCCGGUUCACCAUCACAGACUGAGAUUACUGCUCAAUUCCUCCUUAAACCCGAAAAAUACAACACAAGUAAAUGCGAAUUUCCCCUUGCUGAUGGCUCUAAGGCUGGGAUUACUGUUGCUUGGUCCCUUGUUCCCUCGACGAUGCUAGAGUCAGGUGACAGUCGUGAGGACAGUGGAAUGGUGACUGCAGGAAAUUCGAAGGGAAGGAGUGGCGAGUCCAUGUUAAGCGAGGAGCUCUGUCAAGCUGCCAUCUUCAUGCAGAAGAGUAUCUGCUGGAUCCAGGCCCUGGAGAAGAAGAUGGGGAAGUUUGGACACUACGGCUCCGAGGAAUACAAGAAUCUUCUAGGGUUGAAAUCAGUUAUGUAUGAGUUGUCGAAUAAGAUCUUCGGUCGGGUCGACUAUGAGGCCCAGAAGAGGAUCAGCACGAUGCAGAAUGCCUGUUGGAUCAGCAAUAAAGGGAAAUUGACCGAUACCCAGACAAAAAUUGGUGAUGACAUAGAGAUGGAAACCGGAGGGAAGUCGUCGAAGGGAAGGAGUGGCGAGUUUGAGUUGGCGAGGAUUGGCAACGAAGGCAGAACGGUGCAGACACAGAGCAAGAUUGGUGAUGGUUGCAAAUCAGUCUCCAAGCAGUUCAAUGAGCAGGAGCAGUUGAAGGAGCUGCCAGUCAGUAACUUGAUGUCCGUAGCCGAGUCUGUCAGAAAUAAGAUUGAGAAGAAGCAGGCUGAGACCAUGACGGAGGAGGUUGUGCCGAGGGUAAGCUUCAAAUUAGGUUUGCUCUCCUGGCAGUUUGAUGAGCUGUGGGACAAGAUGAGCCUGCUAGUCUCAACAGAACCAAAAUUUCUAGCGAUAUGCAUGCUUAUUAGAGAGCCCUUCGCACGCUAUUGCUCCACAUUGAAGUUUAUCUCUGAAGUUUUCAACCGGCUUGGUGAAUGGGUGCCAGAUUUCGGAGAGCAAGUAGAAUCGAUGAGGCAAGAUGAUGAGGACAAGAAUAUGGGUGGAAAAGUUGUGAAUCCGCAUGAGGCGGCGAAGGCGGCUGAGGAGUACUAUUUCAAUGUCUACCGUAGAGGCUGGGAACGUAGGAACAGCAACUUUGGCAGCUUCGAAGACCCAACGUUAUUGAGCCCCAUGUUCUUUACCCGAAGCUUACCAGGCCACACCCAAGUGGGUGCUGAAGUCGGGAGGACCAUGCAGGUCUACUAUAUUAAAGUUGCAGAAAGAGAAGGCUAUGCCCUUGAGUGGCCGCUGAAGGUAUACGGUGUAGUCGCUGCACGAGAUGUAGUGGACUAUCGUCGCAACAUUCUCUUCCUUCGCACGAGGGAUGACUGCCAAAUCCUCACGAGACAGGAUCCUUUUUUGCACUUGACUGGCCCGUCUCGUGCAAUUAUGUCCGAGGGCACUGUUACGAUUGAAGUUCACCUAAAGUUGAAGGGCACAGUGGAGUCUAAAGAUACCACAUUGAUCAGUAAAGCCUUCUUCUAUGAUUAUGACUGUGUUUCUGUGCGUCUGCUCCGUGGCCUUUGUGGAAUAGAGUUAUGCUGUGAUCAUCUUGAACAAUCACACCAAGCCACUAUCCUCGGUGUCCGUGUGUUACGGGGCUCAUUGCCUUGUGGCAAAACCGAAGUCGUUUGCUCCGUACUACCUGAGAGCGAUACUGAAGGCAAUGGUAAGCACCCAUCUGGGCAUGUUUUGCUGCUUGAUUCACGGGCUGAAAAAAUACCCGUGAGUGAACAGGGUUAUCUAGAUCUGUCAAGGCAAGUUGUAUCUGUAAAAUCAGGAGGAAGGCUGGAAAUUGUCGUGCAGGCUGGAGAUUUCAGUGGAAGUGUUGUCUUUCCAACCAAAUCCAGCAACAUAAGUCAAAAAGGUUUUGAGCUUGGUGAUUGUAAAGUGGAGAUAACUGUUGCUUGGUCCUUGCUCAUUGGAAGCCAGUAUGAUAUCUCGGUGAUGGGAUCUAUACAGCCUUACGCAUGGGAAUCAAUUCCACGUAGACCUACCAUGAAGCUCGUUGACGCUUGUUGAAGAUGUUCGGUGAAGAGUCAUUUGUGCAUCUGCUACUUAUUGCAUCUUGCUUUUAUGUAUAUAUAUUUUUGCUUAGCUAGGCAAGCCUAUUUUGCCAUUUCUAGCUUAUUCGUGGAGCAUCUUAUUUCUGGAUUGAAUGCCAAUUUGCACUUGUUGUUUCUGUUGACUCAUCGUGGAUCUGGAGAUAUAGCCUUGUGAUUUCAUCA